ACUUUUCAGUAAAAGAAAGUAGAAAAUUUUAAAAUAUAUUCAAAUAUCUACACUCCUCGCCGUGAAUAUCCAGCUCGUUGAGUACAACCCUGCGAUGUCAAGCUGACGGGCACGUUUGUUUAUUCCGCGAAAAAGCGAAGCAAGCUGCCGAAUCCAAUCGAUUCGACCCAUAAUGGACACUGUAUCGGACGAUAGCAACGGAGCAUCCCGUCGGAAAAGCAACCACCCGUACACGCGCGACGACUUGAAGACGGCGGUAACCAAGAUAGUGGAAACCGGCAUGUCGAUCCGCCGGGCGGCAUUCGAGAGCAAUAUUCCCAGAACAACACUGUCCACGUACCUGCGAUCGGCCAGCUACGCCAAGGCUAGUAAGCUGCUGCCCCACGAAGAGCAGGCGCUGUACCAGGCGAUGACGGACUGCUGCAAGCGAGGAUUCCCGAUUCGUAGGCGUCUCGUACAGACGGCGGCCGAAGCAUUGAUGCAGAAGUCGAGCUCUGCCCAGCAACGUAUGCACCCGUUCCAGGAAAACGAGUUUGGGCGCCGCUGCUUCCUCAAGUUUGCCCGCCGGUGGCUAUCGGUCGAUCAGGAAAAGGAUCGCAAGUACCUGGGACACAUCGCCGGCGACUGGUUCCUGCACAUCGAACUGUAUCUUAAAGAGGCCAAUCUGGUUGACGUUUUGAAGCAACCGCGGAGAGUGUUCCUGUGCGAUGAGUUACGCUUUCGCGAGCGCGUUGAAAUGCCGGAGAGUGUGCGAGGUUUGUUGAAGCCGAUGACGAUGCUGUACACGUUUACGGCGGCCGGGGAGCAUUUGUCGCCGUUGCUGGUGUAUCCCUUUCAGCGGGACAUCCCGGCCGACAUUGUACAGGCCGCACCGAAGAACUGUGCCAUCGUAGCGCACGAGCAGGGUCUGGUUACGCCAAAAACGUUCACCGCCUACCUGGAUAAGGUGGUGGAUAAGUACGUGGCAGCGAACGGUAUCGAGAAGCCCAUUCUGUUGUUCGUGGAUGAAUCGAAGAUAGAGCUUACGCUUCAUCUGCACAACUCCUGCAAACGAUUGGGCAUCGUGCUGCUCGGCAUCAGUGGGUCGCAGGUGUGCAAACCGACGUUCAACGUGUUUAACGACAUUUGCGCCGGUUGGGUAAAAGAGGUGCCACGCUUCCAGACCGAAACGGGACGCCCAUUCACACUGGCCGAUUGUGCUGGGCUCAUGCAGACGGUUAACCAGCGAUACAUCAAAGCGGAAGUGGUAGUAAAAGACUUUGGCACCAGCCAUCUGUGUCCAUGGAAGAGGCCCACGUUCGAGCCGUCGGAACGACCGGCAGCUGGUAGCGCGGUUGCGCACAGUAGUAAUACCACUGAUGACGAUUGGGCCAAUGAGGACGAAGGGGAUGACGAUGAGAUGGAUUUGGAGAUUGAACAUUUCCUGGAGAAUGUUGACGGUUGGUCAGAUGAUGAGUACUACGAAUCGGAGGCCGGCGGUGAAGGUGCCACACUGGAUGAUCACGAUUUUGUCGACGGAGACAAUGAUGAGUAUGUGGGCGAUGAGCAGGAGACCCCAAGGGUCACAGAUUGGCAUUCGAUGAACCGAUCAGCAAAAGAUGAGCAAACGUCCAAAGAAACUACGGCGCCAAUUGUGCCGAUCAAAGUCACCAUAGAAAAUACGGUCGAUGCGGUGGAGAAAAAGGAUGAACACCGCCAACAUCCCAUGAAUCACAAUGAGGCUGCUAAUGCAGGCGAGGAACAACAGCAGGCGAACAAUAAUACAGACGACGAAGCAGAUGGCCCGCCGGACGAUAUUGAUAUCAGUAUUAACUUCAUCGAUUUCAAACGUGCCAUUGGCAGUGAGCUAACGGAGCGGUUCGAACGGAAGCUCGAAAGUGAGAAGGGGGUAGAGCUGGCGAACCAUGCCGAGAAUGUCCUGUUCGACAUUUAUCGCCAAUUCCGGUGCGAUAUUGUAACCGACAGCGACGACGAUUAUGAUAUAGUGGAGAUCGGAGACGAUUGAUACAAGUCGCUCGCGAGCAAGGAAGAGGCUCGUAAUUAGCAACAAUGGCCACUACCUUAUCGCUUUUAUCGUUACAUUCCAGUGUCAUGUCACCAUUAACGGUCCUUUUCCAUUUUUUCCUAAAUCUAUUGAUCAAUUCCUAGCGUAUAGUGAACCGUAGUGAAGCACAAAACCAAAAAAAAACCAUUGCCCCUAUUUAUUUUGUUUAUUUUAACUAUGCCCAUUGAAUUUCAUUUAUGGAAAUCGGGAUAAAAUUGUCAUGCGUUUUAUGUAUUUAACGAAUAAAAAUAGCGUGUUUCUUUUGGA